AUGAAAUUCGUAACAGCGGACAGCGCCACUGAAGUAGUGAAAUUUUCAGUUCGUGAUAUUCCCUUUCUGUUUCAUUCUGUAGAAAAUGUUAGUAUCUAUAACAAGAUUAAAGAAGACUGCGAUCUGAAGGAACUCCGACAUUUCCCGUACAUUCACUGCUUUGAUAAGGACCAUGCUCCUAUACACACCGUUUUGAUGAAUGGAUCCAGCCUCAGUGACGGAACUAAAUGCCUUGUGUCCUGCAAUCACAAGAGGGCUUUCUCUACGUGGAAGGCUUGUGUAAACGGAGAAUGGGUGGGGUCGGAUUUAAAUUGUGACAAUGAUGGUGAUCACACACCGCCAGAAAUAACUUGUCCUCCGAAUAAAUAUUUCUACGCUGGCUACACUGGAACAGUUAAAAUUUGGUACAAUCUUCCGACGGCAACUGAUGGUGGAAACCACGAUGGCAUCACAAUGACUAGGACAUAUGGUAUAGCAAGUGGAUAUAGUGUAGGAAUUGGUUCACACAAGGUAUGUUACAAAGCUAAGGACAAGUCUGACAAUGAGUCCAAACAGUGCUGCUUUUACGUGUAUGUCCAUGGUUGCGGAUCAAUUGAGAGAUGUAGACAGGUUACCUGUACAAAUAGUUAUGAUAAAACAUGUCACCUUUGUGACCCUGGUUAUCAUCCUGAAGGUCAAACAUGUCAACCUACCUGCAAAAUACCUAAUUGCCAAGCUGACCAGUUUACAUGUUUAAGUGACUUUGAGGGCAUCUGUACCAAUUGUGUAGAUGACAACUUAAUCUGGAAACCUAUCAAUAGCAAAAGGAACUGUGGAGCAAUGUGCUCAGUGGUAGAAAACCGAGAAUGCUGGCCGGGGACUUGUUCCACAAGUCAUCUAGGAGCAGAUUGUCAAUGCGAUGCUGGUUUCCGUACAGUGAAAACCUCAAAUGGAAGUGUUGCCUAUUGUCAGUUGGAAAAGAAGCCUGAGAUUUUAACAUGCAGGUCUAGCCUUAUUUUUACUGGAGGUGAAAUUGUUAUGUCUGAAACGGGAGGAAAAUCAACGUCAUGUGACAAUCAGAAAGAUGCCUUUAUAAAUAAAGUUCCUCUUCUAGCCAAUUUUACAAGCGUAGAAACAUUCUCCAUCAAUAUUACCUCACCCAGACCUGAAUUUAUACAAGAUGGAAGCUGGAAUUAUGGAGUAUCUGGUGGAGAACUUGUUAUUAUCCACAAGACAUUAAAUGGUACGGGAAUGGAACAUCAGAUUCAGUGGUCCCCGUUUAAGAAUAUCAAUACUUCUCAUUUAGAGAGUCUUGAUCAUCAACACAAAUCAAUGACUCUAGGUGGACACUUACAAGUGUUCGAUGGGGAUGCAAUUUGCCUCAGAUUUAUAGCAAAGGCGACGGGAUUUUUUAGAACUAUAGACAAGCGAUCUACUUCUCAUAUCAUUUCGCCAAGGAAAUUCAAUGGAGAAACAAAAGCCCAAAGAGAUGUUUGCUUUCGUUAUGAUUCUCUGCCACCAGAUCAUUGCUCCAACACCAAAACUUGUCUUAAUGAGCCGAUCCAGAUACAAAGCAGGAUAACAAAGAACAACAUGCUAAACAUUUCACUCUCUGGAUGGUUUGACCCAAAAAGGAUUGGAAAUAGAGACUACAAUUCCUCUGGUAUAAAAUGGUUUGAUGUCAGCAUAUAUAUGGUUCCACAUACUAAGAACAAAUUGGUACCAGAUACAACUGCUUUCUGGAAGAAUAUAUCAAAAAAUAGUACAUUUCAUGAAGUUACACUUAAUGAAACCGGUCUGUAUGAGAUACAUCUAGAAGUUGUUGAUAAUGCUGGUGCAGGUGGCAAUGUUAGAUCCGCUAGGCGAUUUGUUCUGUUUGAUAACACAUCUGAAAUACAGAUUAAUGAAAACAAGCCAUUAUUAGUGACAACAGCACAUUUUGUAAAUGGAAAUUACUGGCAAACCGAAAAGAAAGCUAUGUGCAUAAAUUGGACGGACAGGUUUUACAAUACAUAUCACAAAUUUGACAAUGUUCUCCUUCCCAUAAAGCCGUCCAGUGCCCUUACUGGUGUUUUUGAACAGCUUACAGGUCCCCUUUCUAUUAACGGUACAUUAAAUGUAGAUGGUAUAGUAAAGUUUGAGUAUUCAUACAGGAUAAACACCAUAUCGUCAGGUAGAAAAACAGUCAGUCAGCUGAGUCAAUUUAUAUGUUCCAAUGUCAGUAUAAGCGAUGGAGAUGAAGUCCAGUUUAGUAUCCAUUCAUUUGACAUAAUGAAUAACACCCUCACAGACUCCGUGUUUGUUCUGAUUGAUACAUCCGUUCCUGAUAUUGAAAAUAUUUGGCUGAGAAGAAAUUUCCAUGGUGAUGUGUACGUCCAUAAUUCUAAAGAACUCUCAAAAAUGAAACUUAAAUUUGAUGCUUUUGAUUUGGAAAGUGGACUAAAAACUAUUCACUGGUACUUGGGUUCCAACAGUGGUGCUUCGGAUCUGGGAAAUGGAUCAUUUGGUGUAAACGUUCUCUCAAAAAAUAUAAGUUGUGACAAAAUCGAAAACUGUUAUUGUCCAAAGCAUGGGAACUGUGAAUUUUACAACUAUACCUUAGAUCUAUCGAAAAUAAUUAAAGAGGCACAGCACAAUAGGGAGUAUUAUUUCACAAUCCUGGUAACGAACAACGCUGGUCUUCGCUCCUUGCAGCAUCUCGAUGUCCUUGUAGACGAAUCUCCUCCUGUGAAUGGUUCUGUCAUGGAAGGUCUUCCAGGCGGCAAAGAAAUCGAUUUUACUGCUACUGAAAAAAUAACAGUGAGCUGGAACGGAUUCAUAGAUCAUGAAAGCGGAAUAUCCCAUUACCGAAUAUUUCUUGGAAAACAAUGCAUACCCGAUGUAUUAGAUCAAAUGAGUAACAUUUCAGGUUUAACUUCUGUGAUUGAAAAAAAGACAACAACAAAGGCAUAUGAAUCAUUUAAUCUUCCUGAGAAAGGUUAUUUUAUUUUUACUGUCAUUGCAUUUAAUAAUGCCUUAGAACCCUCGAAAGCAAGUUGCUCUGAUGGGAUACACUAUGUCGAGGCUUCUGACGUAAUUGACAAUAUCACAUCAGAGAGCUUUAACGCAGACGAAGGGAUUGCGUGUAUUAAUGAUGCUCCUUUUUUAAUCACUCCAAAGAUGAAACGCAUUAAAUUGGGGACAGUUUCAAAUUGCCUUAGCAUGUGCCGAAACCUGUCCUUUCCAGCUUUCCUUCAGAAUUUGCCUGAAGUAGCAUCACACAGAUUUAAUGAUACUACCUACGCACAAGGAAUAUGUACACGGGUGAAGCCAUAUAAAGAAAAUUUAAUAUUUAUAUCAUCAGAAUUCUGGAAAUUAUCUUGGGGUGUCAAGGACCGACGCGCAGUAAGGGAAUUUGCAUUAGGCAUUGGAGGUCACCCAACUUCAAUAUCGCACCCAGAUCUCAAACCUUAUACUUCAACUAUAUCACAGACAGAGUAUCAAUUUGGCAGAGACGGUAUAGGAAGUCAAGAACGGCAUUACGUCUUUCUGAAGACAGUUUUCAAGUCUGGUGAAGGAAGAAUUUUAACAAUAGGACCUUUGCUAGUCGAUACAAGUCCACCUGCAAUCAACGGGGAAAUUCUCGUGCAUAUCGAGGGUCCGAACUUGUUUAUUGGAUGGGAAAAUGAAACCUUUAUUGAACCAGAGCAAGGGAAUGUCAUCGAAGAAAUAUUUUUCAGGAUAGGAACACCCAGAAUGUUUGUGACGCCUCUUAUACAGUACUACCAUACCCAUAAUCUUAAGGACGACUGCCCUUUUUCUAAUGUGGUAGGAUGUACGAGAUAUCCCUUAAGAAAGAUUCGUUACAAUGAGCAAGACAAAGAUUUAUUUGUGGAGUUGAAUAUCUACAAUAGAGUGGGAUUGUCCGCAAGAAAACGGUCAAAAAGGUUUAGUCUUCCAUCCAAGGUUCCACCCGGGGAUGGUAUGGUCAUAGACGUUGAUCCGGAUGCAGAUUCAUACGAAAGCGAUAUUGACUAUCAGAUAAACAAUUCGUCCAUAUGCCUAUCGUGGAAAGGAUUUGCACAUCAUCAAAAUGUAUCCAUAUAUGCAGGACUUGGUUCUACUCCAAACUCUACAGACGUGAUUUCAUUUAUAUCAGUGGCUGCUUAUCGAUACUGCUUUAGAAAUAUAUCACUUACACCCAACACAAGGUAUUACUCUGUCAUACGUGCCAGCUGUACCGGUGGGUCAUCUUACGCGGUGUCCGAUGGCGUGACUCUAGUUAACAUCGACGCUGUUGAUAAAAAACUACAGAUCUUUAAUGGAAUUGGCUGCUCCGACAAAGAUAUUGUUUAUCCGUCUGAUAUGAAAAGAAACAAAGCAAAUGUAACAUAUUUUUACAGAAACUUGACAGUUUUAGAAACAUAUACUUUAUUUAUCCAAAAAACCAAUAUUACAAAUGAAUUAUAUACGCCAAUGUAUUUUACAGGUUUUAUUGAAAAAGAAAGUAAUCAUCAAUUUGGUACACAAACAAUUGAAUUAACAUCCACAAAUGCCCAUGGAAAUAUAGCAUUCAAAAGGUUGAACUUGUCGGACAACGUCAUUAUUCUGAAAAAAUGCCAUUAUAAUAGAAAAACAUUUAGGAAUGAAAAUACUGUGUCUUUGAACUGGAUAUAUAACAGUUUGAAGGAUGACUACCCUACGCAUUUUGAAAUAUCCAUCGCAAAAGUAACAAAACACGGGAUUGAUAUAAUAAAAUCAGAAUCAUCCCAUAUGCGAAAAUUAACAUUCAGAAAUCUUACUUUGAAUAUAGACAAUACAUAUUGUGGAAUAGUGAAAUCUUGUUUUGCAACAUAUUGUUCAAAACCAGUGUUUGGAACACCUGUCAGAUUUGUUCCAGUGGAAUCAAAAAUAAAUAUUACUGCAACAAUGCAUGGCGAGGAUGAAGACUUAAUUAUAGACGUCAAAGUCACCUCUGAAGGGAAUCGUUUGGAUGACGGUCUAAAAAGAUGGACGCUUACGGAAGAUAUUCAUGGAAAAAGAAGAAUCACCAAUUGGUAUUAUUUCUCAAAAGAAAAUUCCAUGGAGGUAAAUGCAAAUCUAAAGACAUUUAUUUACAGAAUACCUCCUAGAUUCGCAUGCGUUCAAAAUACAUACAACACAUUACUGUCACCUGUUCAAUGUGUUCUUAUUCAGAACACAUUUUCUUAUGGAAGUAAUAGCAUGAAAAUUUACCUUAUUGAUGAGAAAAAUCCAGAUCUACAAAAGAUGAGGACAAUGUCACAUAGUCAAAAUCUUGGAGCAAAUGUACUUUUAUUUGAAAAAAAUAGCCUUCGAUUUACAUCAAGUGAAACAAAAGUAGCUGGAAUAAUAGUAGGUAGCCAAGGAUAUGAUUUUGAUGUAUAUCUUAUGACGAAAAACUUUAUUCCUGUAAGCAUGGAGAAAUGUCAUUCGGACAAAAGCUGCUUACAUUACAGCCAUGCUCAGGAUGGAUUUGUUUCCUUCCCCGGUUUGCAUCUUAAACAUGGAUGGGAAAUAUUCGUAUGCGUUCGCUCAAGUAGAACAUCUCAGGCUAAACCUGGAGAUACAGAUUACGAAAUGGAUGCAGUAAUAGAAAUUUGUAGUGAGGGGUUGAAAAUCAAUAACUUUCCUCCUUCUGCAGUAGAUAUCAAAAUCAAGAAUUCAUUUAAUGGUUAUACGUCAGAUGUGUCUCAGCUAGAAGUAGAAUGGAACAUACCGACUUUAUAUGUUCCCUUACUAGAGUAUCAAUACUGUGUCGGUUCUGUACCAGGAUUGGAUGAUGUUUUUCCAUUUACGUCUUCGUACGAAGAAAACAAAGUUACGAUCCAGAAUUUUACUCUUACACAAGGAUCUUCUUACUUCAUCUCAGUAAAAGCUAUUGACUGCUCAGGUUUAGAGUCGCUUUCGUCAUCGCCUGUCCUCACAGUUGAUUUAUCUCCUCCUAUUCCUGGAAGAUUUGUUAUUGGUUACAGGGACAGUGAGGUGAAAUUUAGUAGAAAUAGCCUGCCAGUGUUAAUUGAAAACUUUGAGGAUCCUGAAAGUGGAAUUGAUCAAAUAACUAUCCAAGUUGACGGAGUCAAUGGAAAUUACACAUCAAAUUUUAUCGUAAAAGAUGGACAUUCCCACAUAAAAAUCAACGAAAAUGUGACAGAUGGGUACACAUACAAAGCAAUUCUUUCAGUAUCAAAUAGAGCAGGAUUAUCAACGGAAUUGGAAUCGAACACGAUUUUUAUGGACAACUCCCCACCAACUGUUGGAACUGUAUUUGAUGGAAAAGAAAUUGGAAAAGAUGUGGACUUCCAAACAGAGACAAUGAGUAUAUCUGCCUCAUGGGACUAUUUUUCAGAUCCACACUCUGAUAUAGCAUUUUACAGGGUGGGGUUAGGAACAACUAAAACAACAACAGAUGUAUUUGAAAUCACCAAUGUUGGAAUGAAAAAAAAUUUUACAUGGGAAGAAGAGUUUGAGGUGGGAAUAAUGUAUUUUGUGUUUGUGGAAUCCUGUAAUGGUGUCCGAUUAUGCUCAAAAGUUCAUUCAGAUGGUAUUAUUAUCGACAAAACACCGCCCAUUCCUGGGAUCAUUAGUAUUGGUCAUUCGAAUCAUGAUACAUUCAUAGCAGAUAAGACAUCCAUUACAAUACAAUGGAUCGGAUUUGAAGAUCCAGAAUCAGAUAUUCAAUACUUUGAAUGGUGUCUAGGGUCUAGUAAAUUUGUAUGCGACGUCCGAGAGAAAGAAAAUGUUUUACUUGCCAAUAGAAUAUACAAAUCGGGUCUGCAGUUACCGCUAAAUGUUUCCUUAUUUGCCACGGUUUUUGCUUACAAUAAUGUAGGACUGUAUUCCGAGUCAACCUCUAAAAUAUUUAGGGUUGACGUCACUGCACCGAUUUUAAUUAGAGCACCCAUCUUUUUAUCCCUUGACUCUCUUGAAGUGGCGACAAGAUACCAGUAUGACAAUUCAAUAUUGAAAAUGAAGUGGGAAUUUGAAGAAAAUGAAUCGACUGUAGUAGAAAUUCAUAUUAUAAUAAAAAAUACGAGGGAUGGAAAAGACUUAUCUGAUCAGGCAGUGCGAGGGAACAUUGAUUAUUCAAUUAUAACGAUGUCUAACGAGAAGAAACUUCAAAAUGGUGACUCGGUUAUUGGAAUAGUUACUGCUUGCAACAUAGCAAAACUUUGCACCACAGCAUCAACGCAGCCGCUAGUCAUAGAUUCUUCCAGACCCAAUCAGGGAGGGUUUUCUUAUCCAAUAAACUGGAAACUCAUUAAAGAUAUUUACUGGUUUAACAUUAAUUGGUAUGGCUUUUCUGACGAAGAAAGUGGUAUUUCUUAUUAUUAUAUCACUGUCGACAAGACCUAUAGUGGAACAAAUUUAUCUCGAGGACCAUUAAAAAGUUUGGGCAAUAGUACAAGCAUUUCAAUUCCAGUUAACAAGACCCUAUGGAACUUAAUCGAUGACGUAAUUCUCACAAUUUGGGCAGUAAAUGGAGCGGGGUUGACAAGUUUGUUUACGAAAGUAACAGUGAAAGCAAGCCUUACCGACAACUCAUCAACAAAAGGUCAGUUUUACAUACAACGACAUUCAUGUUCUGUGCACUACUGUAACAACGACUGUACUUGUUCUGUAGUAGGGAAAAAGUGCACCACAACACAGAAACAAUGUAAGUCUACAGCAACCAAUGUAGGCAUUCAAGACAAUAACAUCAUUUUACGCAAUGCGUUUCAGAACGGGAAAUUUCUUUCUUCGAGUUCCUGUAUCAGUGUAGAUUUUGAAAAGCUGAAUUUAUCCGUAUUUUAUCCGGUACUUAGAUAUGAGUGGUCUGUCGCACUAGAAGGAGAAGAUCCCGGUGUUGGGUUUUAUGAUGAGAAAGAAUAUCCCUGGCGAGACGUAGGCAUGAGAACGAAUGAUAUUGAGUGUUUACCAAGACACAAAGAACUUGAAAAUGAAUCGCCAUAUAUUGUGUACAUCAGAAUCUGGAUUUCAGAAGACGAUUUCCUGAUCAGAUUUUCAAAAGCAUUUACCAUUGAUACCAUGGGCCCAUUUGUUAAGAUGGGGAAAUAUAUUAGAACGUUCUUAAAAUAUCAUGCAAAAGAACACAAUGUUCGCUUUAUCACAGACAGAAAUGAUGAUAUCUGUGCCGAAUGGGACACCGUAUUUUCUGACGGAAAAGGCAAUAUAAAGGGCUAUUAUGUGAUGCUGGGGAGUCAGUCAAAAGCCGAUGAUAUAAUACGAAGGAAAUGGAUGGGGAAUCUUGGAGAAUUGUGUUUAGCAACAACAAACAUGACAGCGGGAGUCGAUUACGUAUUUUCUGUUACAGCUCAAGAUGAAGCAGGAAUGACCACGACAAUUGAUUCAACACCUUUUAAGAUUGACAAUACACCACCUAUAACUGGAAAAGUCUUUAACACCGACAAAUAUAGAGACACUCGAUAUUCAUCUUCUACAACAUCUUUGACUGCAUCUUGGCAUGGCUUUAAAGAUGACAGUUCUCAUAUAUCUCAAUUUCAGUUCCGAGUUAGAAACAAAAACAGUUCUCUUAACACAAGCCAAGAUAUCCGUAACACUACUUAUAGCACAUCUGUUGUUAUAAAUGACAUUCAUUUAAAACAAGGGGAGAGGUAUGUAAUAGAUGUUCGCGCUUUGGAUGGUGCUGGACAGUUUAGUAAAUUUAUUUCGAGUCGUCCGAUCUUGUUAGAUUCCACGCCACCUGUAGGGUUUUUAUGCGAACAGAAAACAACAAAGAAAGUGAAUUUUACUGUUCUCUCUGAGUUUGCUGAGUUCACAUUCAAUGUAGAACCUAAUAUAGCCUACACCUUUACGUUUAAAUUAAAAGAAAGACUACCGAAAACGUUGAUUUUCGUCAUCAACAAUAAAACUGAAGUUAUGUCCUUUGAUUUAACAAAUGGUGUUGAAAUGCUUUCUGAAUAUCGAUUGAUUUCAUCAGAACCUCGAAGUGAACAUUUCAAGCUGAUCUCAAAAAAUGUUGAAAUAUUUGAUAAUUUCGAUAUUGAUAUUUCUGAAUGUAACCUGAAUGUCGAAAAUGGAUUCGGUGUAAUCGAAUUACAAGAACUUCAUCCUUCGGUGUUAAAAGUAAGCACGAAUAUCUAUGAUCCGGAAAGUGGCAUAAAAAGUAUCAAAGUUUCAAUCGGAACAACUGUUUUUGGAAAGCAGAUAAUUUCUGAUUUUCCAAUGCAUCAGCAUUAUAAGCUGCUUUAUGUAACAAUUCCACACAACACUACAGUUUUUGCAUCAGCUAGAGUUUCCAAUGGUGCUGGUGUAAGUCGAUUGUUUUCUUCAAAACCACUAAUUAUUGAUGACACACCUCCUGAAAUGGGCCAUCUAAAUUCUAAUUUGGAGAUUAUUUAUGGGGAAAAUUCUACUUUUGCAAAGUACAAAGGAAGCUUUCAGGUGAUGGACAAAGAAAAUGGAGUAAAAAGCUGCUAUUUUGCAAUCGGUUCGAGUCCAGCUUCAGAAAACAUACAGUCAUGGACUCCUGCAGACAUUUUAAAAGAAGAAUUUAUUUCGAUGGACUUCAAGAUUUUCCAUGGCAUGAAUGUUUUUGGGAAAAUUAAAUGCAGCAAUACCAUUGGUUUAGUUCAACAGAUGGUAUAUGAGCCGAUUGUAGUAGCUCUGGCACCCCCUGAUUCCGCGGGAGCAUCCAUUACAAUAAUCGAAAAAUGCGCUGAAGAUAUUCCGAUCGUGUCAGACAAAAAUGCACUUUUGCUGCAUUGGAUGGGGUUUUUUGAUUUCAUUUCUCUGAAGAAGUUUGAUUACAGAGUUUCUUCACAGCGUAAUGUUUUAAGCCCUUGGAAAUCUGUUAAUAAAUUUGAUUAUACAGAUAUCGAGGGAAUACAGAUGGAGAACGGACACAGAUAUAAGGCUGAGGUUAAAGCAUUCAGUUCCUUCCAUAAUGGAUCAGAUGCAGUUCAACAAACGUUUCUGGUAGAGACCAGGGCUCCGAGAAUAACAGGUAACCGUCCAACUGUUUCUAAACAAGAAAACUACAUCAUAAUUGAAUGGACUGACCUAUUCAGUACAUAUUCCGAACUUAAUUUGACAUUCGAAGUAAGUGUUGGAUCAGAGAAAUAUUUUAGUGAUUUGCUGCAGACGGAAAGAACCAACGAGAGUAAACUAAAGUUGAAUUUACCAAAGAAUGAAAAAAUCCUGGCAAUUUUUCUGUCGAUAAAAGCCGAAUUUUGUACAGGACAGUUUUCCAUUUAUUAUGGCACACAUGCCCUCGAGUGA